UCGUCCAGCUUAUCUAAUCAUACUCUUUCCUUAACCCCCUCGUCAUGUCAGCUUCAUUCGGAUCUGCCUUGCAUUCCCUCGCGAAUUAUCGCGCACACAACACUAGAGCCUCACAGGAAGUCCUUGAGAAAGGCAAGCUACUACUAAACUCCAACGCAGCGUCAAAGUUGGGUGAUGAUGCGUGGGCUUUCCUGGAGCAGCUGGCCUUGGCCGCAAUAGAUGUAGCCAAGUACGACGUUGCAGAUGAAUGUAUACGGCAAUUAGCAGCUAAAUUCCCUGAGUCGCCACGAGUUGAUGUAUUGACUGGUAUUCGCAUGGAAGCUACCCAGCCUCCAGAAACUGUACUCAAGUUUUACGAGGAGCUCCUUGAAGCAGACUCAUCUAACGCUGCCAUAUAUAAACGGCAAAUAUCAGUUCUAAUAAGGACAGGAAAGGUUGAGCAAGCUGUUCUGAAACUCUCGGAAUACCUCGAUACCUUUUACUCCGAUGUAGAGGGCUGGGUAGAGCUGGCAGAAUUGUAUAGUUCAUGCAACCAAUACACGUUUGCAACCCAAGCGCUCUCUCAUGCUUUGCUCUUAGCACCUCAAAAUCCAUUCUACGUCCUACAAUUCGCAGAAACUGCUUACAGCGCGGAUGACAUUCCCCUUGCUGUAAAAAUGUUCAUGCUUGCGAUAGAUACUGUGGAUAGGCACACUUCCGAUGAGUCCAUACCUACCGGUGUGAGCAUCAGGGCUUGGUACGGGGUGAAACUAUGUUGUCGUGUACUUUCCGAGAGGUCCUGUUCUUCGGCAUCGGAGACGCCGCUACCCAAAAACCUGAAUCUGUUGGACGAAUUAGCCACCGACCGCGUUCUGACAGCCUACUCGGCAGGUGGAACAGACAACGCGACGGGUCGGGAGCUCGUAUUUUCCUGGAUGGGCCCAUCAGAUCGGUCUGGCAGUCGCCUUCAUUUUGUUCACUGAGUACUGAUUGAGUACAUGUUUCUACUACACGUAGUUUUCGAUGCAUUUGGAUUUACCGUACCAUGUAUAUAUAUAUUGUCGUAUGGUGUAUAUGUAAGGAGACAUUACAGAAUAAACAUUGCGCAGGAAGACGACAGAUACGAA